AUGCUGAAGCUCUGCCGUAUGAACCGGACACUCCUGGCCAGAGCGUUCGGUUCGUUCUCGUCUUCUUCAGAUUUGCCGAGCACAAUAUUGAACUGCAGGAGCGCUAACGAAGCACUGCAACUCUUCGAUUCCGCGUCGAAGCAAUGCGGCGGAAGGAAGGACGUUCAGCUUUAUUCAGCGAUUGCGCAUGUGUUGGUGGGUGCCAAGCACUAUGUUCAAGCCAGGUUCUUGAUCAAAGAGGUCGUAGAGGAUCUUCAGAAGUCGUGCGAAUCCCGCCGUGCCUGUGAGUCGGUCUACAAUGCGCUCGGCCGUUUGGAAAGGUCUAGAAUCUCUCGUAAUGUUUUCGGAGUUUUGAUCAUUGCUCUGUCUGAGAUGGGACUUGUUCAAGAGGCUUUGGAGGUGUACAGAAGCAUUGGGGGGAUGUUGCCUUCAACCCAGGCUUGUAAUGCGCUCUUGGAUGGGUUGGUGAAGACGGGUCGGGUUGAUAUGAUGUGGGAGCUUUAUAAUGAUAUGGACUCUCGUGGAUUGUCACCCAGUUGCGUCACAUGUGGUGUGUUGAUCGAGGGUUGUUGUAGAAAAGGUGAUCUCUUGAGUGCGUGUAAGGUGUUCGAUGAAAUGCCUGAGAGAGGGAUUGAAAGGACAGUGGUUGUGUAUACUUCUCUUAUUCGCGGCCUCUGUGACGAGGGUAGAGUGAUGGAAGCUGAAAGCGUGUUUGGGAAGAUGGGGAAAAAUGGUGUGAUCCCGAAUUUGUGGACUUACAAUUGCCUGAUGGAUGGGUAUUGCAAAGUGGCUAAUGUUGAAGAAGUGCUUGUGUGGUACUCGAACUUGAGAGGCGAUGGCUUGCAGCCGAACGUUGUCACAUUUGGUAUUUUAAUAGAUGCACUUUGCAAAGUAGGCCAACUGAUGGCUGCGAGGAGCGUUGUGGGGUGCAUGGUUAAGUUUGGCGUUGUGCCUAAUAGGAUCGUCUACAAUGCUUUGAUUGACGGGCAUUGUAAGGCAGAAGAUGUAUUGCAAGCAGUGGAUUUGAUAUCGGAGAUGGGAAAGGAUGGCAUUCUUCCGGAUGUUUUCACUUACAGCAUACUAAUUAAGGGUCUAUGUUCCAUUCAUAGAGUAAAACAAGCAGAUCAGUUGUUGCAGAGGAUGAAGAAAGAGGGAGUUGCUGCAAAUGCUGUGACGUACAAUUCACUAAUCGAUGGGUAUUGUAAAGAGUGUAGAAUAGAGAAAGCUUUGGAGGUGUGUUCUGAAAUGACCAAAAGUGGUAUAGAACCGAAUGUCAUCACCUUCUCUACUCUGAUCGAUGCUCAUUCCAAGAUGGGGAACAUGAAAGCUGCUUUGGGUUUGUACUCAGAAAUGGUAGUUAAACGCCUUCUGCCUGAUGUAGUAGCUUACACAGCUUUGAUUGAUGGCCAAUUUAAAACCGGGAACUUGAAGGAGGCUUAUCGGCUACAUAAAGAGAUGUUGGAGGCAGGCCUCACCCCCAAUGUUUUCACUCUUAGUUGCUUGGUAGAUGGCCUUGGUAAAAACGGAAAGACUUCUGAUGCAAUCAACCUCUUUUCAGAGAAAACUAAAGCCAAAUCCAGUAGAGAUGAAACCGAGGAUAUAAAUGGCUGCUUCUGUUCCCCAAAUCAUGUGACCUAUACGGCUUUAAUUCAGGGUCUGUCUGUAGACAGCCGCAUUCUUGAGGCAACCAAGUUCUUUUUGGAUAUGAGAGUCAGUGGUUUGAGACCAGAUGUAUACACUUACAUUGUAUUGUUAAAGGGGCACUUCCAAGACAAGCAUACGCUUGGCGUGAUGAUGCUGCAUGCAGAUAUGAUGAAGAUGGGUAUCAUUCCCAGUGCAGAAAUACGUCCAGUCUUAACUAGGGCUUACCAAGAAAUUGGUCACCAAAACUCAGCAGCUAAGAUAUUCUGA